CUCUCUCUCUCUCUCUCUCCGGCGACUAUACCAGAAGAAUCGGUGGUAAUUCUCGCUGGAAGCGGGAUCAAUCUCCGUCGUAGAGUUUGAAUUCCUUGCGAUUCGAUUCGAUCUCGGCUUCAUCUCGCCGCCAUGAAUCCGGAAUAUGACUACUUGUUUAAGCUUUUACUCAUUGGAGAUUCUGGUGUUGGCAAAUCAUGUCUGCUCCUUAGGUUUGCUGAUGACUCAUAUUUAGAGAGCUACAUCAGCACCAUUGGAGUUGACUUUAAAAUCCGCACGGUCGAACAGGAUGGCAAAACAAUCAAACUGCAGAUAUGGGAUACUGCAGGCCAGGAACGUUUUAGAACUAUCACAAGCAGUUACUACCGCGGGGCUCAUGGGAUCAUUGUUGUUUAUGAUGUCACAGAUCAAGAGAGCUUCAACAAUGUUAAGCAAUGGUUAAGUGAGAUUGACCGCUAUGCAAGUGAAAACGUUAACAAGCUCCUUGUUGGGAACAAAUGUGACCUAACAGCCCAGAAGGUUGUUUCUUAUGAGACGGCAAAGGCUUUUGCGGAUGAGAUUGGGAUUCCAUUCAUGGAGACUAGUGCAAAGAACGCCACCAAUGUGGAACAGGCUUUCAUGGCCAUGGCUGCGGCCAUCAAGAACAGGAUGGCGAGCCAACCAGCCAUGAACAAUGCUCGACCUCCGACUGUGAACAUCAGGGGACAGCCUGUCAACCAAAAGGCUGGUUGCUGCUCAUCUUGAAGCUGAAAAUUCAUCCUGUGGGAAUGCGAUGUUUAUCUCUGUUCUAUGUGACCGUGACAUGUAAAACUAGUUUCUGUCUGUCAGAAUGCUUGGUUGGAUAUGAAACUGUUGGCUAUGGAAUUCUUCUCUUGUUAUUUCAGUUAUUUGUGGAAAAUUCUCAUUCUUUUCAGUG